AUGGGUACGCCCCCCUACAUCCCGGACGACGAGGAGUACAGCUUCGAUCUCUACGAGGCCUUCGAGCCCCUCCAGCAAAGAUUCGAAGACAAAAUCGGUCGCCAGAUGCAGAUUCCCACGCUUGAAAACUUCGUGCCGACCUCGUGCCUGACGACGGAAACACAACUUGUCCCCCCAUCCGUCCGGCUGCAACCAAAGCGGUGCUCUUCGCCGCCAAAUUCCUUCUGGGCCUCUCUUCCUCCAUCGGUUCUUGUUCAUUUGCUGGAUAAUACCACCGUAGAGGGCCAGUUACUCUACUACCAGGAGCAUUAUGAAAUUGCUCUCUUUAGAGUUAGAGCGGAACAUCUUGCUCAGUUGCCUUGUCUUAAUGAUGGAGUGCAAUAUGCCCAAGAGGUUUUUCACCUCGGAAGAGACAAACACUUGGAUCUUAGGAUAAACCAUGGUAGGGUGGAAUACUUAAAUCCAGAUGUGUUUCAGCAGUAUCAUUUCAUGUACUUAUCUCGUAGGGAUGUUAACAAGGUAUGUGAUACAUCUAUCUAUGACGACGGAGGGCCUGUGAUCGACCUAGAUGGGAAUGUCGUCGGAAUGGUCAACAUUAGUUCACAAGGAUCUUUUAUACCGUCUUCUAUCUUGCUCAAAUGUUUGAAUUUAUGGAAGAAAUUGGGGUGUAUCCCUCGGCCCCACCUUGGAUUCAAAUUUUUCUCCAUCAAGUUUCUCGACCCAUUUUAUAUUGAGAAGAUAUGGCGCAAGUAUAACAUUGAUGAUGGUCUUAUUGUUAACGAGGUGGCGGAUGGAUCCAAUGCCCAGAGGCUUGGAAUCCAAAGGGGUGAUAUUAUUGCAUGUUUCAAUGGAGAACAGAUUUCUACUACAAUUGAGCUGGAAAAUUUAUUGCUGGACAUGUGUAACGAUCCUCACAGAGUAAAUCAACCCAAUGCUGAAAUUGAUGUCUUGCGCGUCGCGCAGCUCCGCCCUAGCCUCCCCGUUAGCCCCGGAGCGCUCUGCCUCACCGUCUUCGCCUCACGCCCGAACCACCUCGCCGCCGUCGAGCCCGUGGCGCUCGACUCCGGCCACCACAGCCUCCGCAGCCACCCCCAUUCGCUCCGCCGUCGUCUUGCCGUUCGAAUGCGACCGGUCCCGCCCAUUUUGGUGGCCUACAGACGAAACCCGCCACUCACCCGAGCCCCGACGUCCGCCUCUCUGCUCGCCGGUGACAGCUCCGGCGACCUCGGGACGAACCACCACCACCACUAG